AUGAAGUAUACUGCUCUUCUGGCAGCUUUUGCUGCCACUCACGCCGCUGCCGUCAGUGUCUCUGGCUCCGCUGAGGGCUUCGCCAAGGGAACUACUGGUGGUGGCUCUGCUACUGCUGUUUACCCGACUACCACCGACGAGCUGGUCUCGUACCUUGGUGACUCAGAGGCUCGCGUGAUUGUUCUUACCAAGACCUUUGAUUUCACUGAUACAGAGGGUACCACUACCGCCACUGGUUGCGCGCCUUGGGGUACUGCUUCUGGUUGCCAGGUUGCUAUCAACCAGAAUGACUGGUGUACCAACUAUGAGCCCGAUGCGCCUGAUGUUUCGGUCACCUAUGACAACGCUGGUAUCUUGGGUAUCACUGUUGCUUCCGACAAGACCCUUCUCGGUGAGGGUUCCGCCGGUAUCAUCAAGGGCCGUGGUCUCCGCAUUGUCAGCGGUGCCAGCAACAUCAUCAUCCAGAACAUUGCCGUGACCGAUAUCAAUGCCAAGUACGUCUGGGGUGGUGAUGCCAUCACCAUCGACGAGGCCGACCUGAUCUGGAUCGACCACGUUACCUACCAGACCGCCCGUAUCGGCCGUCAGCACUACGUCCUCGGAACCUCCGCCGACAACCGCAUCAGUCUCACAAACAACUACAUCGACGGCGUGACCGAGUACUCCGCCACCUGCGAUACCUACACCUACUGGGGUAUCUACCUCGACGGAGACUCCGACCUGGUCACCAUGAAGGGCAACUACAUCUACCACACCAGCGGACGCAGCCCCAAGGUGCAGGGUAACACUCUCCUGCACGCGGUCAACAACUACUGGUACGACAACGCCGGACACGCGUUCGAGAUCGGCUCCGGCGGCUACGUUCUUGCCGAGGGCAAUGUUUUCCAGAACAUUGAUGUUGUUGCUGAGUCGCCCAUUGAUGGAAAGCUGUUCACUUCGCCCAGCACUACUACCAAUGAGAUUUGCUCGACCUACCUUGGACGUGUUUGCCAGAUUAACGGAUUCGGAUCCUCUGGUACCUUUAGCCAGUCUGAUGAGGAUUUCUUGUCUGACUUUGAGGGCAAGAACAUUGCUGCUGCGACGGCUUACACUGUUGUUGUGGCUAAUGUUGAGGCUAAUGCCGGUCAGGGUAACCUGUAA